GAAACUGAAUCCUGAUCCACGAUGUGAAGAGCUCCUGUCUGGUAUUGAAUGUACACUGCAGGAAUGUCAUUGUUUUACCAGAAUUCAGUCUCGAGUGUUCUGCACUACAAGCUCCUCCUGGGCUGUAUCUGCCUCUGGAAACUAAGUGACUGUCCUGUUUUUUCUACAGCGGUUGUGAAUGUCUGUUUGGUUUCUUUCCUGCGUGUACUGUCAGAGUAGGAGAAAAGGAACGGUUCUGAAGGAGGUUAUUUCAGACCUGCUUUGUGCAGGUGGUCCCUUCUGCCUGUGAAAUGCUUUCAUGUGUUUUUGAUUUUUUGGGUACGUGUAUGCAGAAACUUUUCCUGUGCAAGCAACAAGAGAGCGGACUAGUCUAUCCUUUCAGCUGAGUCUCUCUCUAGGUGAUUAUUGACUGGCCCCCUCUUUGACCCAGUGUCCUAGCAACCUGCACAGAACUUGCUGACGACCACCAACUGAUUUUGGAGGAUAAGGUGGUGGAGGCGGAGUUACUGGCUUUUAUAGGGGAGAAGUGGGCAGCUUGAACAUGGGGCAGAAAGUUCCAGGAGGGAUUAAGACUGUUGAUAUGAGGGACCCGGCUUUCAGACCGCUCAAGCUUGAGCUGCAGGCUCUUGACUACACUAAGCCUGCACGAUUGGACAUGCUUUUAGACAUGCCGCCUGUUCCUCACUCUGUGCAGCUACUGCACUCGUGGAACAACGACGAUCGCUCCUUAAACAUCUUUGUAAAAGAAGAAAACCAGUUAAUAUUUCACCGGCAUCCGGUGGCACAGAGCACAGAUGGGAUCAGAGGUAAAGUAGGGUACACCAGAGGACUUCACGUGUGGGAGAUCUGCUGGGCAAUGCGACAGAGAGGCACGCAUGCGGUUGUGGGAGUUGCAACGUCGGAAGCUCCUUUGCAUUCGGUAGGAUACACGGCACUAGUCGGGAAUAACCACGAAUCCUGGGGCUGGGAUCUCGGGAGGAACAAACUGUGUCACGACGGCAAGAGUCAACCAUGUAAAACGUACCCAGCUUUCCUGGAACCCGACGAGACCUUCAUUGUACCAGAUUCCUUGUUGGUGGUGUUGGACAUGGACGAGGGGACACUCAGUUUCAUUGUGGACGGACAGUAUUUAGGAGUCGCUUUUGCAGGACUGAAGGGUAAAAAACUCCACCCUGUAGUAAGUGCUGUCUGGGGACACUGUGAAAUCCGAAUUCGUUACAUAAAUGGACUUGAUCCUGAACCACUGCCACUGCUGGACCUCUCUCGUCGUUCGGUGCGGGUCGCCCUUGGGAAGGAACGCUUGAAUGAAAUCCAUGCACUCCCCUUGCCAGCGUCCCUUAAGAACUAUCUACUCUACCAAUGAUUUGGAGUGCCUGUGGUAGAACCAGCUGGGCUGUGCGGGAGACAGGCACCAGAAGCCGCUGUCCCUCUGAUUUGCUUGUCGUCUUUUAACCAGGUCCAUGGUGACUUCCCACCUCUUCAGCCUAUUUAUUUGCUCAUUGGCCGUUCGUUGCUAGAAACAUCACUCGAACUGCUACUUUUCCUUGUCUUCCUGUAUUUUAGUUCUUGUCAUGGCUUGCUCAAACAUAUGGAUCCUUUUUUUUUUUUUUUAAACAAAUUUGGGCUUGACAGUUAACUGCUGUAGAGCCUGAAAACAGAACUAGAUGGCAUCCAUGUCUCUUUGUAACUGAGAAAUGGGUUGCUAAGAUUCCAGUUUUGGGGGUGGAGGGUACAUUUUAUCACCUUUUUUUAAAUAGGGCUAAUUUUAUUUGUGGGGUGUCAUUUUUAUAAUCCAUUGAGAAACCAGGUGGACUGUUUGCAAUGUGUUUUUGUGGAUUCCUGUCAAUGAGUAGUUGGUUAGCGUCUAUCGAUAUGGUUCUGCUGUUUUUAAUGGUCCUUUCAAACCUCUUGGUGCAUUCUCGAAUGGUAGAGUUGCCUCCCUGUUUUUUAGCUGAUUUGAGCUUUUAGAAAGCCUACUAGUCCUUCAAAUUCAGUUUAAUUUUUUGAACACAUGCUCCUAGUUCCAGAAAGUUUUUGCCAAGUAGUUCUGCUUAUUGCUUUGUGUUGCGUGGAACUCCAAAAAUAUUGCCCAAUUUGGAAGUCAUGUGGCUUGGCUUUAUUGGAACAGCCAGUGCAGAUAGACCAGAGUUGAGGAAUUUCUUCCAGGUUGUAUGAAACUCCCAGUCUGACUAAUUCUAGGGGCAUGAACACCAAUGGAAAGACUGGAAAAGGAGCUUCUCAAAAUGAAUAUUGUUUUGCUCUGUGAGCUCAUUGGGUCACCCACAGCGCCAUGUUGGCUUUUGCAAUAUCCAAGCUCUCUAAGAGGCAGGGCGUUGUAUUGACUAGUUUAAAGAAGUCUCAUUCAGGGACUUGAUGCCUCGGAAGUAGUCCCAUGAUUCUGGUAUGCUGCAGGGCUCUGCAAUGCCCAACUUUGUUUUGGAAUGCAAGUUAUUUUUUUUUCCUUAUGGUGCCUGUGUGGCGGACACUACAACUAACUCGUCAAUCAGGAAUCCUUCUGCCCUAUCUUUUUAAUUUUUAAAAAUAAAUCGAGCACACUUGGAUGUUCUGGCAUGACACUUAAAUGAAAAGGAAUUUUGCUAUCAAUUUGUUUUUAACUGUGCCUGUAAAGAAGUGCAAGGUUUUUAAUUUUGGCACAAAGGAUUUAAGUUUUUAUAUAUGUCCAGCUGCUGCAGAGUGAGAAUGCCCCUUUCUGCAAGGGUCCAGAAUGGUUCAGCAACAAGAUAUUUGAUUCUUGGGUCCAAAAAACAAACUUUUUAUUCCUGUCCUGCAGACCUUAUUAAUUAACUGUCCCAGGGAGCAGGUGAUUAAGUUGCACACAUGAUCUUUGUAUGUAUCUUUGUUGUAUUGUCACCACUGUGAAUCCUCUUUGUCCAGUUGCGAUGCUUGUACACAGUCCUGAUUUUCUGGGUCUUUAAUCAGUUUACUCAUUUUCCAGGCCUGUACAGUUGGAUCUUUAAUUUCCUUUUUAUUAUAUGCUGUAGAUAAUGUUUGUAACUACCUAAUAAAGUUUAUUAAGUUAA